AUUUCGAUUUGGAAUUUUAAUUUAUGUAUUUUCGCUAAAUGUGAAAUUAAAAUUACAUAUAUACAUAACUAAUUUCGAUGCGAUUUGAUUGUCAGAGCUUUAGAACUUUCAAAAAACAAAGCAGUUAAAUAUAGACUUAACACUCGAGCAUUCUCCAUUUGUGCGCCGCUCGAGAAACUUGUUGAAAUUAUUGAAAAAUACCUGCCUGUAAACAAUAUUUAUAAAAUAAAAAUAGUACAUGGAGCCUGCAAAGACUGUGGAGGAUCAGAAUUCCACUGAUUUGGUUGGAUGGCGCAGAUCUGUCGUAUGUUUCUUCAACUUGCCAGCGGUGCAAUGUGCCCAGGUCAUAUUGGUUGUUGUGGGGGAUAUUUUGGCUCUUUCCAACUUUUAUCCUUCGCACUCGAUGCAUAUAUCUCGUCCGUUUCUACUAUGGCGACGGUAAGAAAGGAUCAAGGCAAUUAGUAUGGACAAAUGGAGCGACUAUAUAUUUUUUAUUAAUGCCAAUCUUGGAGGAAUGAGAGUGAUGAAUGGAAGUAUAUUUUAUAUUGUCAUUUUACGUCUUGAGGGAUAUUUUUAUUCUAUUACUCCACUGCUACGGAUCGUACACUACACAGGCUGCCACAAAUUGUUGCAACACAUGAGCAUAUUCAAUAUUCUUGCCACAACAGCAGUCACAUCUACAGUCGCAGCUUCAGUUCAAUGCCAAUGCCAAAUGACGUCAUAAGGCCGUUUCGUAGUGUCCCUGAACUGCAUGUAAGCAGGUCGUUGUUAUGUUUUGGGAGUCUGGAGCUGGAAGCUGAAGCCUGUUCCUGUUGCCGUCUUCAAACGCAGCGGCAAAUUAACUCGACGCACACACAUUUUGUUGCUCAUUAAAAAUAACUUUCGAAAGUUGCGACUUUUUGGGGCCGUCGACGUCGGCGUCUGGAAAUAAUCGACAAUUUUUUAAAAGGAACCUGUGCAAAGACCGAGAGCCAACAACGGCAGCAGCACAAAAAAAAUUGAAAAUUCUCAAAAAAAACAAAAAAAAAAACAAGAAAACAACCAAAAUGAAGCAGCUUUUUGUUGAUGUGGCCAAAAAUGGUGUACAGCCUUGCCUUGUAUGCAGUCCUACGUCUUGUUUCGUUUUUUAUUCCUUGCUUUUUUACUUGCUAUAUGUUUUUUUGUUAUAUUUAUUUUGGGCAGGCUGCCGUUUUUGGUGUGCAUGCGUCAAGGAUGAUUUGUUUAAAUGCAUGCAGCAUUGCGGCAACAACGACAACAACGACAAAUGCUGUGGCUCUCAUUUUGACUCAUUUAGCACCUUUCGAGUACUCAUAACUUACACAUAAACAGCCAAAUUUUUACUUCCCCGAACUGUGUAUAUUUUUGUUGAAUAUUUUGUUUGUAAUUGCGAAUUGUAAAUACAUUGUUGCUGUUAAACAAAUUGGCAUAGCUGACUGGCUUUUAGUGUCUUUUGUUAUUUGUCAAAAGAGUUGAAUAUAGUUGUUAAUGAAUGCGUGAGUUGACCUUACCUAAUCGAACAGGGAGAGCAGGGGGCAACAACAUUCACUUUCGCAUCGUGCACUUUUAAUUGCCCCACGGGGCAACUCAAAAGUCCAAAAUCAAAA